GUAGAUAGAUUAUCCAAAAACUCCAAACCUCACAUUAUAAAAUGACUCCUUCACAUACACCGUACCUCAUCUCACUCAUUCUCCCUCUCUUCAAUAAUUCAAACAAAUAUAUUAAUUCUCAUCUUACUCUAAAACUCUCUUAUCUCUUCAAUGGAGUUUUCUUCCUUAUACUAUAUCUUCUUCCUUUUUUCAUCUUUCUCUCUCUUCUCUUAUUACUUAUUAACUAAUAAAUUCAUGAACCUUAACCCUUGGUGUAAAUGUGAAAUUUGCCAAUCUUUUAUAACCUCAAGUUGGAGAGAAAAGUUCACAAAUCUCCCAGAUUGGUAUGCUCAUCUUUUACAAAACUCCCCUACAAAUACUAUCCACAUUCACACCUUAAACAACACCGUUAUUGCACACCCUAAGAACGUAGAACACAUUCUACGUACUAACUUCGAUAAUUAUCCUAAGGGAAAGCCCAUGUCUACCAUCCUCGGCGACUUACUCGGCCGCGGCAUAUUCAUUGUCGAUGGAGAUCACUGGCGCUUCCAAAGAAAGCUUGCUAGCCUCGAGCUCGGCUCGGUCUCAGUACGAGCUUACGCUCACGAGGUUCUUAACAAAGAAAUCGAGGCUAAGCUCGUACCGGCCUUAUUGAAGGUACCAUCAUCUCCACAACCACCAUCAUCAGUUAUUGACUUGCAAGUAGAAUUCAGGAAAUUCUCCUUUGUUAACAUUUGCAAGUUUUCAUUUGGGGUCGACCCGACGGGCCUAGACGGGCUUGCGGAGGCCUUCGACGUGGCUUCUAAGUUAUCUUCUGAGCGGGCCUUAAGCCCGUCUUGGAUCACUUGGCGGGCCAAGAGACUUUUCAACGUUGGGUCUGAAAAGAGGCUUAAGGGUGCGAUCUCUAAAGUCAACGCCUUAGCUGAGAAUAUCAUGCAAGAGAGGAGGAAGAUUGGAUUCACUACUAAGAUGGAUUUGUUGUCACGAUUUAUGGGGAGUGUGUCGGAUGACAAAUAUUUAAGAGACAUUGUCGUCAGUUUUCUCUUGGCGGGCCGAGAUACGGUGGCGUCGGGCCUUACGAUGUUUUUCUACCUAAUGGCCCGAAACCCGAUUGCCGAGGCCCGGAUCAUAGAGGAGAGUAACCGGGCCAUGGGCCCGCAACAUUCGUCUAAUUCUAGCAUUAAUUUUCCUACCUUGGAGGAACUAAGGAAAAUGCACUACCUUCAAGCGGCUAUAUACGAGACUUUAAGGUUGUACCCACCUGUCCAAAUAGACUCCAAGUUUGCUAUAAACGACGACGUUUUACCCGAUGGGACCUUUGUAAAGAAGGGUACUCGGGUUUCGUACCACCCGUACUCGAUGGGCCGAAUGGAGUCUAUAUGGGGCCCGGAUUGCUUGGAAUUCAAGCCCGAAAGAUGGUUAAACGACGAUGGGGUUUUCAGCCCGGUAAGCCCGUAUAAGUACCCGGUGUUUCAAGCCGGGGUUAGAGUGUGUUUAGGAAAAGAUAUGAGCAUGUUAAGUAUGAAAGUGGUCGCUCUUAUUCUGGUAAGACGGUUUCAUAUAAGAUUGGCGGAUUUAAAUUGGACUCCACAUUUUGUCCCUGGUCUCACUGCCACCCUUAAAGAUGGCUUGCCGGUUGUGGUCACCGAACGUCUUGUUUAAGGAGACAAUUUUAAUCAAUGAUUAAUCCUAAUUAAUCAUACACUCGUUUGAGGAUCUUGAUUCGAAGGCCUAAAUGCGCGGGGAGUAAUUUGUUUAAUCAUUAUACGUACGCACUAAUUGCAUAGCACAUGCAAUUGAUUAGUGAGGUAAGUGUUUACGUAUUAACACAUGUUACUUCAUGUAAUCAUGUUAGCACUUAGCACAAGUAUAUGUUAAUUAGCUAGGACGGUCCAAAAUUUUUAUAAUGUUGUCUUGAGAAAACAUGGUUGAGGAAGAGGGAGGAUUAUGGAUCAAUAAUACAUUUUUUAAAUGUUGUAGUACUAGGCUAGUAAUAUUUAUAGAUUAUGUACAUAAUUAAGAUCAAAUAUAAUAAAGGUUUAUGUAAUGAGUAAAGAAACAUAUUAUGCGGUUUUUUUUACUGAUAAAGAAAAGUAUUGAAGUUAAUUUCUUUAGCUUCUUAACCCUAAUGUUUCUAGUUAUAUACAUCUUGUAAGAAUUCCAAUCUCAUACAAAAAGAUAAUUUUAGAAUGUAUUGAGGAGUGUAUCUUGUACUUGUUAUAUUUUAAUAAAAUUACAAUUUCGGAAUUUGUGUUAUUAU